CAGGUAGGGUGAAGCAACCACCCUGAGGGUGACGUCGUGCGGAUGCGCGCGCAUACUUCCUCCAUAUAAAACGAGCGCGCGUCGCAGGCGCAUCAGUUUGUGACGGAUUCACGGGGCAGACACACCUCAAUAUGAAGCAGAGCAUACUGUUAUUCGUGGUGGCGUUGGCGGCGGCGCGUGCGCAGUUCCCCAAUGGGCGCAUCCUGGAGCCACCUGUACCCAGCCAGUGCGUGCAGAGAACCAUCCACGAGAGAUACGCUGACAAUAAGGGCUACUUCUUCUCAUGGAGAGACCCGGCGCUACGUGGCGUGGAAGAGGACUGGCUGAGUGCAAGGAACUACUGCAGACAGCGGUGCAUGGACCUCGUUUCGUUGGAGACCAGCGACGAGAACGAGUGGGUCAAGGCCAGGAUCGUGCAGGACAAGGUGAAGUACAUCUGGACGUCGGGCCGUCUCUGCGACUUCAAGGGCUGCAACCGUCCCGACCUGCUGCCCAACGAGGUGAACGGCUGGUUCUGGACUGCUGAGCUUCAGAAACUGGCUCCCACCACCAACCGCCAACAGAACGACUGGUCCGAGGGCGGCGGCAUCGGGAAACCACAGCCUGAUAACAGGGAGCUGAUCCAAGGCGGGGCGGCGGAACACUGCAUCGCGAUCCUCAACAACUUCUACAACGACGGCGUCCACUGGCACGACGUGGCCUGCCACCACCGCAAGCCCUUCGUAUGCGAGGAGAAUGACGCCCUCCUCAAAUACGUCCGCUACACCAACCCCAAUCUCAGAGUUUGAAUAUAAACCUCUAACUAUGCUACGUCCAAAAAUUUAAUCCGUCAAUGAUUAAUAUUUUUUGUAGAUCGUCCACUGUUGGAAUAAGUCUUUGUCACCCUAAUAUCGGUGAUACGUUCAAUUCAAAGGGAUUUAAAGCAUAGUUUAUGAACCAAAAAAGCUCAAUUCAUAAACGUUAAAACUCUUGUCAUGCAAUCCAUCGAAAGUGACGUCAUUCGUUAUAAAAUAGGUACCCAUGUUUUGGUCCUAGCUUUAAGUUUACCUCAUUAAAAGAAUAUUUAUUACAGUAUUGUAAUCUAAAUAGUAGUCAGCUGGCGAUAAAAACUUUACAGUUUUUUACUUUUAAGUAUUUAAGAUCUGUCAAUAAAGACUGCUUUAAUUUUA